AUGGCAGAGAAAGAAGACAGAAGCAACGUUGUAAAACUUUGGGUGAAACAAGUGCUGGAAGUAGCUGAGAGCAUGGAAGAUGUCCUAGAGGAGUACAAAUUCUGUGUGGCACAGCUACAAGAUGAUCAACCAAUUAGAUUCAAAGGUUUACUCCAAAAGGUUCCUCACCAGGUCAAAAGUCUCAAACAUCGGCAAGAGAUUACCAAAGAGAUUCAAAAUAUCAAAGCAUUACUCUGCCAAAUCAAGGAGAAAAAUUAUAGAUACGAAUUCAAAGAGCAAGGAUCAAGCAGCAACACAAAGGACGUUACAUGGCAUGACCCUCGACUGGCAGCCCAUUUCAUUGGGGAAGCUGAAGUUGUGGGGAUUGAUGACUCUAGAGAUAAAAUGACAGCUUGGUUGGUGGAGGGCUCAUCUAAACUCUCCACAAUUUCAAUUGUAGGCAUGGCAGUCUUGUGGAUAGUUGAGGGUUUUGUAAAGGAAGAUGAGAAAGGUAAGACAUUGGAGGAGAUGGGAAGUUCAAUUGGCAAAUUACUGAACCUCCAAACUCUGGAUCUGAAGCAUACUAAUAUGAAGUUUCUUCCUAAUUCAAUACAGAGACUGCAGAAACUUAAGCACCUAUACAUAACUGGAAGUACAAUUCGGCCUUAA